AUGAUGACACGGCCUGCUCACUUGAUGAGCGGGCGUUAUCAUCCGAUAUGUGUGGGAGAUGUGCUGAAGAGCCGGUACCGAGUGAUUCACAAACUGGGCCAUGGGACCUUUUCUACAAUCUGGCUGUCACGAGACGAGCGAAAGGCAGCCUAUGUAGCGGUCAAGGUGAGUACUGGAGAUUCGUCCACUCAUGAAGCAAAGAUAUUGCGUAUGCUCAUGAAUCGUUGGCCGGCACAUACAAAUAGUCGUUCCUUGACUCCCAUCAUCCUGGACGAAUUCAAAAUUGAGGGCCCAAAUGGGCAUCAUCAAUGCAUUGUCACAGCACCCGCUCAGAGCAGUGUAUCUGCAGCAUCAUUAUGUUGCUACUUUCAACUAGAAACGGCUCGUGUUUUAGCUGCCGAACUUGCUCUAGCUGUUGCAUUCGUUCAUGCUCAAGGCUAUGUUCAUGGAGAUAUUCAUCUUGGAAACAUCCUGAUACACCUACCUACUAGCCUUGACAAGCUCUCAGUCCAGGAAUUCUAUGAGCAGUUCGGACAGCUUCUCCCUCCUGGCGUCCCUACGUGUGGGACAAUACCGGUCUGGUUAGGAAAACGAGCAGUCGACAUUCCGCUAGAUGAGGCCCAGCUUCUUCUUAGCGAUUUUGGCAAGAGCUUCUCCCCUUCCGACCCUGAGCAGCGGCGACGUGGGCAGGACUGUCCCUCACCGCUUCCAGUCAUACCGCCUGAAGCUUACUCUGAACCUGACAAGCCUCUUUCAUUUCCCUCGGACAUUUGGAGUCUUGCAUGUGUAAUGUAUUCCAUGUUUGGGUUGCGAUGGUUGUUUGAUGCCACACUUGCCACUCGACAUGACAUAGCCUCUCAACAAGUAGAUGUCAUUGGAGAGAUCCCGCCUGAAUGGUGGAAUACAUGGGAGAAACGCCAUGAGUAUUUUGAAGAGAUCGGAAGGCCUAAGAAAGACCGGUUUGUUUACCCAUCUCUUGAGCAGACUUUCGAGAAGGACGUACAGGCCGCACGACAGAGGGAUAAUAUGUCUUCGUUCGCCAAAGAGGGGCAGGUAGCCAUUCUAAGCAUGCUUCGCUCAAUGCUGGCAAUGAAACCUGAGAAGCGAGCAACAGCGACGGAUGUACUGAGCUCAGACUGGAUGGUGACCUGGGGAUUACCAGCUGCGAAGAGGGCGCGUGAUAACCGGAAAACAGGUGUAUGGCAUGGCAAAAAGGCUGAUGCAAGGUCCUCUUGA